AUGAGUUCACCAUCCAUCGGCACUAAGUUUAUCACCACCUUUAGCUCAGUAAGUUCAGGUGCCAACAACCAAGGACCCAGCACCCUGAGAGCCCAGGCAACCAGAGAGGUGGGGAUGGUUGAGGCCCGAGGGCAGCAGGGAGAGGAGUCCUCCCAGAUCCCCCUACUACUCCCGGAUCCCACCCAACAGCAGGGUCUUGGGCACGUCCCUCCCUUAGCAUCCAUCCCACUGUGGUUAAAGAAAACCCCAUCUCUUCAGCUUUUAUACCUGCUGAGAGAUCCCUGGUUAUGGCUCAUUGGUCGUGGGGGCAUCAACCUGGUGCCAACCGAGUCCCGCGCUUCUUCCCUGACAGCGGGAGCGGCGGCGAACCGGGGCCGUGGAGGACAGGAGGAGGAGGGGCAGGAGUGGGGGUCGGAGCGGGGUGGCAGGUGGGCUUGUCGGGUGGAGGAAUCGGCGCUGGAGCAGGUGGGGCAUCGCGGCUUUGGCCCCGCCCCCAGUCCCGGCAGCACCGGAGGCGGCGGUGGCGGCGGGCGGAGCCCGGACAGCAGCCCGGCGGCCGGGGCGCCCCGCCUGUGCUCCUUGUGUGUGCCCGCCGCCGGACCCGCCGGCCCACCGACUGACGGACAGAGCGUGCGGCGCCCGCUUGGUGCCCGGGGACGGGCAGGGAGACAGCGAGCCGCCCAGCCGGGCCAGCCACCCGCCCACCGACCCCAGAGCGGCGGCCCCGGCCCUGCCCGUGCAGGCGUCGCCCCGGAGCGCUGUAACCCAAAUGCAGAGCCUCCCAGACUGAGGCAGGAAGAUCAGAAGGGUCGAAGUGCAUUGUUGGCCCAUAUCCAACAAGGAACCCGCCUGAGGAAAGUAACUCAGAUCAAUGACCGGAGCGCCCCGCAGAUCGAAAAGUCUAAAGGAGCCAGCAGGGAAGGAGGUGACACUGGAAAUACCAAAGUCAAUUCCCCACAAGGUCUCGGGGGACUGUUUGCUGGGGGUUUCCCUCUGCUGAGACCAGCAGGCCAAAGGGAUGUAUCAGAUGGGAGGGCGGGGCCACCGCCCCCCGGAGCUCCACGUGCAGUGUCUCCCAGGCUUCCGACCAGAGCCAUCAGCGGCCCGCUCAACGCACCUGUGUCUCCGAGGCCCGGAAAUGCAUCAGAAUCACUCAGUGCUUCCAGAGCAGCCCCUCCCCGCCCGAGCGUGCCUGCCCCGCCACCUCCCCCUCCCCCUCCCCUUCCGCCACCUCUGCCCCCUCCCGCCUCUAUCAAGCCACCACUCGUCUCUCCACCACCACCACCACCACCACCUCCUCCUCCUCCUCCUCCUCCUCCUCCUCCUCUGCCUUCCAUGGAAAGGCCUUCCCGGAUGAUACCCCAGGUGGCCAUUCCAUCUCUUCCUGCUGUGCCACCACCGCCCCCACCCCCACCUGCACAUAGUGAUGAACCGGUUAAGCCUCAGAUGGCCCCAUUGCAUCUGCCACCCCCUCCCCCGCCUCUCCCCGUCACAUUACCUGGUGGAAUUCCUGGUCCUGUCCCCCAACAGGCAGGAUGUAGGGAUCCUCCUCCUCCUGGCCCUCCUCCACCUCCUCCUCCCCAACCACCUCCUCCUCCUCCUCCUCAACCCUCGCUUUAUGCCUCUCCUGUUCCCAAAUCCUCCUUGCCAUCCACACCAGCUACAGCCUCAUACAGUGGUAAUGAUCCCCCACCUCCACUUCCCCCCAAAUCCCCUAGCUUCCCACCCCAGCCUCAGAAGCCCAGCAUUCAGUCCAUACCUCUUCCUCACACUCCUACCGUCUCUCAGUCAACUAUCAUAGUGCAAAAGAAGAGGCAUGGCAGAGGGCCAGGCACCAGUGGAGGGAAGCUAAAUCCACCCCCGGUUCCCCCAGCAAGAUCACCCACAACUGAACUCUCAAGCAAGAGUCAGCAAGCCUCAGCCUGGGUGACCCCCCAGCUGCCGACUCCCCAGCUAAGAAAUGGAAACCUCGCCAUCAAUGAUGACUUUGAGUCCAAGUUUACUUUCCAUUCAGUGGAAGAUUUUCCCCCUCCUGAUGAGUACAAGCCAUCUCAGAAAACAUACCCCAGUAAAGCCCCCAGGAGCUCUCCCUCAGGUUCCUGGAUUCAGGUAGAGAUUUCCGGGCGCAGUGCCGAUGACCUCAAGAGCAGAAACUCUCAGGGGGUCAUGACCAUUCGUCAUGUCAGUGCAGAGAUGAGUUUUGAGGCCUUGCAUGGAUAAAGCCGGGGCCGACAGAAGAUACACCUAAAUUACUGCUAAGCCUUUUUGCUCUGGUACUGUAAACACAACCGUAGUCUUAAACCUUCUUAGAAUAUGAAGCAUUUUUAAGGUGACUUUCACAGGAGUUUGUGGUCCACCCAGCCAUAGUCAUAUUCAUUGUAGCUUGUCAGUGGCAUGAUUUUUAGUCUCGUCAGACACGAUGAGCACUCAAACCAAAUAAUGCCUUACCAAAUGAAAGCAUCCAGGCUAAAGCAGGAGGUCCUACAGUGACCAGCAGGGCUAAGGAGCAGCACUGAAUGAAUAAGGGAACACGUCCCAUUUCACAGUAUGUGGAUUUUAGUAGCCUGUUGUAAAUAUAACCUGUAAGGAGGAUGUGGUUGGGAUUGUUUUUUCCUCUAUAAGUGCUGGGAUGCUACUUUCAUAUCGGGUAGUUCUGCACUUAGCCAGUCUUAGGGCCGUUGACUUUUUUUCUUUUUGAGCAAGGAUACCUGGGGUGCCAUUCUUCUGGGUUCCGCUCACCCCUGACUCCUCCUCUUUGCUGGGCAGCCCAGCUGAAUGCUGGGGAUACAGUUUGCUAAAAGCCAGCCCAAGCAAAUCAGUGAAAAAUCCAACUUCAAGGCAGCAUCUAGGCCAGGGGGUGUUUGUCAGGCCCCUUUGGGGCUUGUGGGACACAGAGGAAUUAGGUUGUACACCAGAAGACACUGAUUGCGCAAGUGCAAAUCAGAGGGAAAAGAAGCAGUCUAAGAGCAAAGGAAAGCCAUGUGCACUGAAAGCUCUUGUUUUGUCCAUGAACCCUUGCACUUACUACAUUUGGGAUGGAAGAGUGCUCACUAUUUGGCAUGUGAAACUUAUAGCAGGGGUUUGGCCUCGAGGUUCUGUUAGACACCCAAGCACACAAACUAAUAUAGUGGAGGUGAACAGAAAUUUAGCAGCUGUCCCACAUUUAGUUUAUCCAUUUCAUCUGGGGCAGGAAAUGUGUCUGUUUAUUGUUGUAUUGUGUGCUCUCGAGCACUUAGUUCAGAGCUCUGUAUAUAGUAAGCACUCAAUAACUACUGAAUGAAUGAAUCUGAGCCACCUUUUAGCACAGUGUGGAUACCUUCUCAUUGCACAGCCAAUCAUUGGUAUAUGAAUGCUUACUGUGUGCAGAACACUCUCCUUAGAGCUUUUAAAACUGUCCUGAACAGCUUAGCUUCCCCAUGGAGGUGCUUUAGAAGAGGGAGAGACUGUUAUGCCAGAAAUGAAAAGGGAAGAGUGUUGGAGGGCUCCUCUCAGAACCUGGGGCUGAAAGAUAGAACCAGCGUGUUAGUAAAAAUAGUAUUUAUUAAGUGCUUGCUAUGUGCAGAGCACUGUACUAAGUGCUGGGAGACAAUAUACAGGUGGGAAUUAGAGAUGGUACGUUUCCCUGAAUCGGUAUCAAUCUUUUGGGGCUAGUUUCUCCUGACCACUUGCAGAAUCUGGCAGCCCUUUUUCUGUUGAAAUGCCAUGGAUGGUGUGCCUAGACCUUUGACAAGGGGGAGAUGGAAAGCUUGAAAGGCCCCAGAAUCUGCUCAGGAAACGUCACGAGCAGGAGGGCUAGCAACUAGGCUAUGGAAAAGAGGACUUUUUUUGGGGUUUGUUUUAAAAAAGCUGUGUUGCCCUUUCUAUCACCAAAUAGCUAUUCAGGGAUGACCCUCCUCACCCCCCACCCCCCCCCAACAUGUCGACUCUGGGCCAAAUAAUAUUAUCAUACCCCCCACCUGCCUCUGGCAUCUCACUUCCUCCCCUCUUCCAGCUCACAGCCAUUCUGAAACCUUUUUAUAUAGAGGGGAAGAAGAACAUUUGUUUUAAUGCUAUAACCACUGCCAAAUAAUAAACAGUAAAACCUCAUUCAGUCAGAAUAGACAGAGAAAAGUUGCGGGGGGAAAUCCUGUCCAAAUUAGUGAAAAAUCCUAACUGCGGGGAAAGGGACUGACUAGUAUUUACUCACCUGUCAGUAAGAAAUACUAUAUUUUAUGGUAUUGGGCCAUUCUCUCACUUCAGAGACAUAUAAACUGAGACAAGACACACAGAGGUACCAACACACAAACACACAUAUAUUCACCCACAUAUUUUAAAAGAUUGCUCUACAGGGCAUGUGUGGUAGGUCUGUGCCAGAAUGAUAACGGGAGCAGUAGUACCCCUUGGGAAUGAGGCCCAGAUUCACUCUUGCUGUAGCUGGGCCUCUCUUCCAGUUUAUUUCACCACUCAGGUGACAAAGACCAAUGGUGCAUGUGGAUUAGCUUGGGCCCUGAUUUCCAUUCUGUGCCGAGAUGGAGGUCCCAGCCCCACUAGGAAAGGAAGCAGUAGAGGAUGGUCCACCAAAUGAAGUUUAUGCUUGCUAGCUAGCCCAGAACUUUUCUUUGUUUGAGAAUUAGAACCUUUAAUUGCCUUUAAUCCCUCAGUUUGCUCAAGGGUGGGCUAUAGUACCACUCACACCUGGGUCUUUGAGUAAAGCUAUAACCAGACUGUACUUGGGGUGUGGAAUUUUAGGGUUUUCUCUAGGAAAAGUUUUUAGGCUUUCUGUAGAAUCCCUAUUUUUGCCACUGAAUCACUUUAUAAUUUUUUAUAAACUUUCAUUUUGAGGGUUUGUUCUUAACACUUUCACUAGCACAGUGGAUUUACGAUAAUUUAUGAAUCCUAUUUCUGCCAUGGUUGAUGUAACUCAAUUUAGAGCAUAUUCAUGACAAAUUAUCACUAUCACCAUGGCAGAAUGACCAGAAUCUGUAUACUUUGCAAUGUGAUGGGUGAAAUGUGGUCACUUUUAAAUUCAGUACUUUUUUUUCUUAGUUUUCCUUUUUUACUUUAAUCUCUGGAAUUUCCUCAGGAAGCUGAUAUCUGCAGUCAGUUUUGUCUUUCUUCCUUUGGAGUGCUUCUCCUUCCAACUUUGAGCCCUUAAAACGAAAAUUUGGACAUUGCCAAGUUUUGAAUUGCAACUUGAGUUCAAUUACCUAAUGAAGCAAGGUUGCCUUAACAUUGCAAUGUGUUGUUAGGUAGCAGUGGUAUCCAGGGACUCUUAAACAUUUGUAAAUGCCACAGAAGAGUGAUAUGAUAGAAGAUAAUAGUUGCUAUGGUGUUGGUGAAUGUUUGUCAUAAAAGUGAAAGCUAAAUAAAUCCCAAAAUGUAAACCCAAUUUUAAACAAAUGAAAAAACCUAAUUAUCCCCAUAUUAUGUAAUUAACCAAAAAAACCCAAUUCCCUUGUUAGUGUAUAUCGUGUGAGUUAUGCUAAAUUCUGAAUUAAUUGGGCCUGAAUCAGUGAGAUUUUGCUGAAUAUUUUUAUUGGUGUUACAUGUGUCUAUGAAGAGAUGUAUGUGCCUAUGCAGUCCAUUUAGAGGAGUAAGGUGACUCAUUUUUCACGUUUUGACCCUCAUCUCUGGCCAGAUCUUAUCAGAGCUAGUGAGGUCAACACCCCUGUGGUGACAAGGCUGUGUAGCUAUAGCCCCUCAAUUGAUGGAGAUGGCCCAACAGCUCUACACUUCACUGUGACUUAUUUUAAGUAUGUUCACAGGAAUCCCAAAAUGGCAGACUUUGUUAUAGCCUAUUUUUCCUGUCCUGACAGGGUAAUCACCAUAAAGCUUUCCCCAUUGUGAUAAAAGGGCAUUUGACAAAGGAAACCACACUUUCACAGCAGACUAAUUCCAUUAGUACAGGUUAGUCACAGCGUGCUUCUUAACAUACAAUUGAUGGUGAUUUUUAAAAGCUGAAAGGGUCUGUUGAAGGUAAAAAUGAAUGAAACCUAAUGGAGUAGAAAUUUUUGGAAAUUGUCUCUUCAAAUGGACUGAAAUGUGAGUUAUUUGAGCUAGUUAUAAGUGCAAAGCAUUUACUUAGCUUUUGCCAUUAAAAGUUAAUGAGGAGUCUCAGUAGCAGCAUUGAUGAAGAUUUUCCCUAUGAAGUCAAAUAGCUUGAGCCUUGUACAGCUGUAUUUAAUAUGGAUUUUGUAUUUAUUGGUGUUUAUCUGUGCAGAUCAAUUUCCUUUGUAUUUAAACUGUAAGCAAUAAAUGGAAAUGCCCCUCCCGG